AAAUAAAUGAAAUUUUGACAUUUUAGGUUUUGUCUCUAUGUUUAUCAGAUCUUAGGUUGGAUUUUGUUUUAAAUGAAAAUUAGAAAUAUUUUCAAAGGUAUUCUAAUUGGAGUCCCAAUAGGAGUUACUUUAAUUGAUUCACUUGGAUAUGUAGCACGGGUAGAUGGAAUUUCUAUGCAACCUGCUUUGAAUCCAGAUCAAGAUCAAACAGAUUACGUUCUCUUGAAUAAAUGGGCUGUUAAGAGUUAUCAAGUACAAAGAGGGGAUAUUAUUGCUUUGAUAUCGCCUAAGGAUCCUUCCUUAAACAUUAUAAAAAGAAUUGUUGGAGUGCAAGGUGAUAUAAUAGAAACAAUAGGAUAUAAGAAUCAUAUUGUGAGAAUACCAGAAGGUCACUGUUGGGUGGAGGGUGACCAUACUGGUCAUUCUAUGGAUUCAAAUAAUUUUGGACCAGUAUCUCUUGGACUAAUCACUGCUAAAGCUACAUGUAUCGUUUGGCCUCCUUCUCGUUGGCAGUUUCUCAGUUCGUCCCUUCCUGAAUCAAGAUUACCUCUGAACCUUUCUCCUCCUACUUUGUUAUAUUCUGCGUAA